UGGUGCAUGCGCACUGGUUUGUCCUUGGGUGAGCAUGAAGGCCUCUCUGCCUUUGUCUGUGGUAUGGCGUGCCCGGUCGAAUUCCAUAAGGCUAAGAGAUGUACUGACGCUGUGGCUGUGUGAACUGUGGCUUCUACUGAUGGGCUCAGGUUUGACCAGCAAUCUUCCACAUGAAGAGGAUGUAGACUUUAUCAAUGAAUAUGUGGAUCUCCAUAAUAAGCUCCGAGGCACCGUCUUCCCCUCAGGGGUUAGCCUGCGCUUCAUGACUUGGGACGUAGCUUUAUCGCGUACCGCCAGAGCAUGGGGGAAAAAAUGUAUAUUUAGUCGUAAUACUCAUCUAGAUAAACCCCAAGAGUCUCAUCCGGUAUUUACUGGUAUUGGCGAAAACAUGUGGGUUGGUCCUGAAGAGGACUUUAGUGUAAGCGAUGCCAUUAGAAGUUGGCAUGAGGAAAGGAAGAACUACAAUUACAUAAAUGACACUUGUAUUGAGGAUGAGGACUGUUCUCAUUACAUUCAGCUUGUGUGGGACAAUUCCUACAAAGUUGGUUGUGCUGUUACACCGUGUGCAAGGGCUGGAGCUUUCACGUAUGCAGCACUUUUUAUAUGCAAUUAUGCACCAGGAGGAACACUGACAAGGAGGCCUUAUCAAGCAGGGCAAUUUUGUUCUCGGUGUGGCCCUGAAGACAAAUGCACAGACUUCUUAUGCAGUAACACAGAUCGUGAUGAAGCUACAUACUACCAGUUCUGGUACCCACCUUGGGAAAAGCCCCGCCCACUCGUGUGUAACCCACUGUGCCUAUUUACCCUCUUCCUGAGAUUGGCAUCGCUACUGCUAUGUAUCAUCAUCGUUCUGAUAAUACAGUACCGGUUUCCAGUUAUCUCAGUGGAAACUCCCAUGAUAAUUUCAGCAGAAGUUUCAGAGGAGGUACUGAAAACUGAGGACGAAACAGUGAUGGAGGAGGUAGAGGAAGAGAUGCUGGAAGAAGAUGAACAAUAAGAAGAAAAUAACCCCGGAGGAAGGAGAGGAAGAGAUGCAGGAAGAAGAUAACUCAAUAGAAGCCAACCCCCAAUAGGAAAAAAAACACAAAAUAUUGAAAAAUAGAAUGCUGAACUUUCAGAACAAAAUAUACAAACCUCAAUUAUAUUUUUUCAUUCCUUGUCUAUACUUACUUAACAAAUUUACAUUGGAAAACAAAAACACUGUGAAUGCAAGGCUUGCAUUGCACAGAAAAUAUUAAGCUCUUAAAGACCCAGAGAACAGAUAAUAGGAGCAGCAACAACAGCAAAAAGUUGCCUUAAAAUUUUAUUAGGGUAUCUGAUAAAAGCAAGAAAUAAUUCAUAUUUCUAUCUCUGUGUAGAGUUUUUAUAUGAGUUUAAAAGUAUCUGAAGUAUUAAGUUAAAUGAAAUUGUCCAUAUAAGACAUUAAGGACUACUUUGAAUUUAGAAGAGCCAUUUGAUAAAUAUUAGCUCUUUUUUAUAAUUACUAUUAUAGUUGUCAGUAGUGAUUGUAUUUUCCAUGUGAUAUCAAAACGUCAAAUGUUUUUUAUAUUUUAUGUAUUUUAUGUAUACUUGGAAAAUAGUUUACUCGAUACUAAUCCCUUGUGUCAGAAGAUAAAUGUAUAAUUUCUACUCCAUGGCCAGUAAUUCAUCAGACUUUCUGUAAUAUUUGUCAAGUAGGGCCAAGAAAUGGGAAAAAAAUCACUCAUUGUAAGUAAGCAACAUAGUUGCUUCUACAUUUAUAUAAUAAAGUAGAUUUCAAGUUACUUAUAGUUACUCAGUAUGUUUAGUAGAAGUUGUGGGAAAAAUAAAUUGGCAUAUGAAUAGUAAUAUUGAUCAAUUCAUUUAAUAAAAUGUUAGCCUGGCAAGAUACAGGAAAUGAUAUCAAA